AUGUGGCAGCCCUACAGUCCUCAUUGUGUGUCCAAGCUCUCCCAUUGGCUCCAAACUGUGAGAAACUCCAACAAGCCAAAGAUCCACACAUUCAUAUGGAGAUUUGGCAGUAUAAAUAGAGGAGAUGCAGACAGUACAAAUCAGACUCAAUCUACACAGAGAGAUCUACAGCACAGAGACACAGCCAUGGCACCAACCAUCACUUCAGCAAUGAACAUCUCAAACGAGCAGCUACCUCUGAACAACAAGCUAAGGAAGCCGAUGGUGGAGAAGAUGCGCAGAGAUCGUAUCAACAGCAGCAUUGAGCAGCUGAAGUCUCUCCUGGCUCCAGAGUUCCUCAACCAGCAGCCUGACUCCAAACUGGAUAAAGGAGAUAUCCUGGAGAUGACAGUCAGCUUCCUGAGACAACAACAGCAGCAGCAUCCUGCAUUCUCUUCCAGCUCAGCAGCUGUCAAUCAAGGCUUCUCCAAAUGUGUCCAUGACAUUGUCCACUUCCUGUCCAAAGAUGAGCUGAGAACACAGAGCCAGAGAAAACUGCUGAACCACUUCCAGAACCUGCAGCCAUCUUCAGACGAGAACAGGAGGGAAAGUGUUCUGGCUCAGCUGAGCUCUACAGAGCAGCAGAUCAUCAGCAAAGAGAAGACUUCAGUUAAGAGCUUCCUCUGGAGGCCCUUGUAAACACAAGAUCUAGACUCAAAGCACAAGUUUAUGUGGACUUUUUAUGUUUUUCCUUCAACUUCUGCAUGAGCAGGAUUUUAACUGAAUCUAAUUAUCAUCUUUUUGGUGAUAGGCCUAUAUCUUUCUAUUUUGUGAAAGAUUAUUAAUGGAGAAGUUGAUAGAAUCCUGUCAGGAUCUACAGUAUUGACAAUGUAUGUUUAUGCUAAACUUAAAUAAUACUGAUAAACUGUUUUCAAUUAUGAAACGUCCUUUGCUGUUUGUGAUUUCCUUUUUAGGAAAAAACACUGUAUGUAUUAUUCUAUAUUAGCUCUAACAUUUGUAUUAUCUUUGUGAUUUCACAAAAUUAUGAUUAUAUUUGAUCAUGUUUGAUUACAUUUUACAGAAUUGGUGCCCAAUUAAUGCCUUCUGUGAAGGUGAUCACAUUCUGAUUAAUACAGAAUUAUUAUGUUUUUAAAUUUCAGUUUAUUUGAAAUGUGUUUAAUUUCAUCAAUAUCUUACAUAUUGAUUAUUCAUUGUUUUUUCUCACUUGCCUUGAGAAGUUUUAUGUUUUUACCUUAACCAAGGUUUAUUUUGUACCUUUUGUGUGGUACUGUUAAUGAUGAAACAUCCAUUUUACCCUUGACAGUAUCUGAUGAGACUCUUUAUGUUUAAUUCACAUUUAUUAUUUCUUUUGAGAAAUAUAUAUUUUUUUUUAUUUAACAGAUUUUAGCUGUUGGAAAAGUUUUGUGUGUCUUUUGUAAAGACAAGCUGUUUAAACUCUGCUCUAUUAUGAGCAGCGUGUGUUGAAGAAUUCUUCAAGUGACUGUUGUGAUAUAUUAUCACAUAUUAUCUUGCCUUAACUCGAACACAAAAGUGC